GAGAGCGUCCGCGGCGCGCAGUGGGGAAGCCGCCUCGCCGCCUGUGGAGGAGCUGGCAGUGUUAGGGGGGCGAGAAGCGAGGGGUGGCCCUGGAAUACGCCUUAAGACGGGUGCUAGCGAGCGGAAAGAGGGCGCAGGACGGUCGGAUCACGUCGUCCAACAUCCACGGGAGCUCCGAGAGCCACGCAAUAAUCUUGGAGCGCCUCUACGACUGUCCAUCUUGGAGCUUAUUUCGCAACCGUGACUCAGUGAUUGCCGCCUUUGUGGAUUACUGUGAUCACAGGGUUCUCAGUUCUGCAUCACGAGGUCACCAAGAACUCCAGCGGAAGAUAACAAACAGGAAUCGAUUUGUUCUGUUUGUUGAUUUUUUUUUUUUUUUUUUUUUUUUUUUUUUUUUUGGGAGGGGGGGGACAUUGCAAAUGUUCCCGUGACUAAUGUUUUCAUCAGGACACAAGUUGCCUCCUUGGGUUAUUAUUUCGUUCCUAUCUGCCGCUCUCAGUCUUUAAUUUAGACCUCGCUCAGAUUUCCUCAUCAUGUAUGGAAGUUCUCGGUCCGUCUCCAAGCUGGAUGCGGUGGGAUCCAACGGGUCAGGCAGUCCCGGCCGCUCCCCCCGUCUACCCCGCUCCCCACGUUUGGCUCAUCGGCGAAAUGGCAGCAGCAGCAGCAGCUCCACCGGCGGACUCACCGGUUCCGGAAAAACCUUAUCCAUGGAGAAUAUCCAGUCACUCAAUGCCGCCUACGCCACAGGAGGGCCGAUGUAUUUCACAGACGGGACCGAAGACCCGGUGGGACUCGGGAGCCUGGGGAGUGGGCUGAACCCCUCCCUGCCUAAAAGUACCAUGACGCUUGGUAGGGCCGGGGCGAGGGUACCCUAUGGAGUUCGGACCGCCUUUGUGGGGAGCAGCCCUAAUAUCAACGCUGGAGGAGCUGGUGGGGUCAUGUCCAGUGACUCCAUAGCCUUUGGCGGGGACGUGCCAACUCAACCCACGCAGGCGUCCACUGUUCCCCACUCCAUGAGACAGGUGCGGGAGGGGGCCAUGACAGACCUGCAGAGCCAACUGAGAGAAGUGCUGAGAGAAAAUGAACUUCUGCGUAGAGAUUUGGAUGCGAAGGAGUCCAAGUUGAGCUCAUCCAUGAACUCUAUCAAGACUUUCUGGAGUCCUGAGCUGAAGAAAGAGCGUGCGCUGAGGAAGGACGAAGCCACCAAGAUGACGGUGUGGAAGGAGCAAUACAGGGUGGUGCAGGAGGAAACGCAGCAUCUCCAAUGCACCAUCCAGGCCUUGCAAGACGAACUCCGAAUCCAGCGCGAUCUCAACCAGCUGUUCCAGUCCGAUUACUCCGAUACGGGCCGUCUGGGAUGCCAGGCCAUCUCUCCGCAAGAAAUGACGGAGGAGAACUUCCUGCGUCUCCACGGCGAAUACGAGCGUCAGGUCAAGGAGCUUUUCCUCUUGAGGAAGACCGUAGAAGAGAUGGAGCUGAGGAUCGACACUCAGAAGCACACUUUAAACGCCAGGGACGAGUCCAUCAAGAAGCUUCUGGAAAUGUUGCAGAGCAAAGGCCUGUCGUCCCGCGCCACCGAGGAGGACCACGAGCGGACGAGGCGACUGGCUGACGCAGAGAUGACUAUUCACCAACUGGAGGGCUUCCUGGAACAGAAGGACAAGGAGAUGCUGCUACUUCGAGAGGAGCUGCACAGGAGGUAUGAAGCAGCUCCUGAAUCCACCAAGACCAAGGCCCUGCAGACUGUCAUCGAAAUGAAGGAUGCCAAAAUCAGCUCGCUGGAGCGUGCCAUGAGGGAGCUGGAGGAGGAGUUGAACAUGCUCAAGUCCAACGGAGCGCUCAGCAGCGAAGAGCGAGAAGAGGAGAUCAAGCAGAUGGAGGUGUACCGAUCCCACUCCAAGUUUAUGAAGAAUAAGGUUGAUCAGCUGAAGGAAGAGUUAGGUCACAGCCAAUCAGAGAAGGAGGAGCUAAAGGAGCGGGCCAAUGAGCUGCAGCGCGAGGCGUCCGCAAUGGAUCAGGUCAAGCAGGACCUGAAUCGUAAGGACAGCGAACUGUUGGCUCUCCGUACCAAGCUGGACACUCUGAACAACCAGUUUUCUGACAGCAAGCAACACGUGGAUGUCCUCAAGGAGUCGCUCACUGCCAAGGAGCAGAGGGCUGCUAUAUUACAAACUGAGGUGGACGCCCUGCGCAUUCGCCUGGAGGAGAAAGAGUCGCUUCUGUCCAAAAAGAGUCAGCAGAUAUCAGAGAUCUCAGACGAGAAGAGCACGCAGAACGGAGAAAUAAGUGACCUGAAAGACAUGCUGGAUGUCAAGGAGCGCAAGGUCGUCGUGCUGCAGAAGAAGAUCGAGAACCUCCAGGAUCAGCUGAAGGACAAGGAAAAGCAGCUGAGUGGCCUCAAAGGCCGAGUCAAGUCCUUACAGACGGACACGUCCAACACCGACACGGCUCUGGGAACGCUCGAGGAGGCUCUAUCCGAAAAGGAACGUAUCAUUGAGCGAUUGAAAGAGCAGCGGGAGAAAGACGAACGAGAAAAGGGAGACGAGGUGGAGUCCACCAAGAAGGAACUGAAGGAGCUACGGGAGAAAGUUUCCCAGAUGCAGGCUGACCUUGCGGACCGGGAGGCGUCAGUUUUGGACCUAAAAGAGAAAGCCUCCUCUCUGGCGUCUUCGGCUCUGAAGAAGGACAACCGGCUGAAGAGCAUGGAGAUCUCUUUGGAGCAAAAGAAGGAGGAAUGCUUCAAAUUGGAGAAUCAACUCAAAAAGGCUCAAAGCGCGGCAGCGGAGUCGGCGGCCAGCGCCGAACUCUCGCAACGUAUCUCCGACCUGGAGCAGGAAGUGAGCCGUCACAAAGAGGACGCCGGGAAGGCUCAACUCGAGGUGGAGCGGCUCCUCGAGAUCCUCAGGGAGAUGGAGAACGAGAAGAACGACAAGGAGAAAAAGAUCCACGAGCUGGAGAGUCUUGCCUCGAGGCAGAUGAAGGAUCAGUCCAAGAAGGUGGCCAACCUGAAACACAAGGAGCAACUUGAGAAGAGCAAGAACGCCCAGUUGGUGGAGGAGGCCAAGAAACUGGAGGACAAUUUGAACGAGAGCUCCCAGCAGAUAAAGGACUCCAUACGCUCCAAGGAGGAGCGCAUCGAGGAGCUCGAGGAGGCCCUUAGGGAAAGCGUUCAGAUCACGACCGAGAGGGAGCUGGUGCUCGCUCAGGAGGAGCACGCCCGCACACACGCCGAGAAACAGGUGGAGGACCUGCUGGUUGCAAUGGAAAAGGUGAAACAAGAGCUGGAGGUGAUGAAAGCCAAGCUGUCAUCCACUCAGCUGUCACUGGCCGAGAAGGAAGGUCACCUGACUGCCCUGCGGGCUGAACGGCGAAAGCACCUGGAAGAGGUCCUGGAGAUGAAACAAGAGGCGCUGCUAGCUGCUAUUAGCGAGAAGGACGCCAACAUCGCCCUGCUGGAGCUCUCCUCAUCCAAGAAGAAGAAAACCCAAGAAGAAGUGGCCGCCCUAAAAAGGGAGAAGGACGGGUUGGUUCAUGAGCUCAAACAGCAGACUCAAAACAGGAUGAAGCUGAUGGCGGAUAACUACGAGGACGACCAUUCGAAGGUGGCGUCUCCCAACUCGGAGCUGCCUAAUAACCACAAGCCCUCCCCGGAUCAGAUUCUCUCUCCUCUCCUGGAUCUGGACCAGAACCGCAGCAAGUUGAAACUGUACAUCAGUCACCUGACCUCGCUGUGUCAGGAACGAGACCCCGUCAUAUUGCAAGACUUCGCCCCGCCGCCCGCCUAUCACCGCGCCGACUCCGCCGACUCCUGGCGCGCUAAACUGCACGGCAUGACGCAAGAACAGUUGGAGGCGGAGUUGAUGCUGUGCGAGCGGGAGGGGGCGGAGCUGCAGGAGUACGCCAACCAAGUGCUGCAACAGAUCGCCGACCGCUGCCCCGACAUUUUGGAGCAGGUCGUCAACGCCCUGGAGGACAGCAGCUGACACCGUUGUUAAUGAGUCGAGCAAAACUUUCCGUCAUCAUCGUCGUUAAAUUACUUCACGUGUUUUUUUUUUUUCAUCGGUGUAUAAGUGAGUGCACACUGUUCCUCGAGUCCGCCAUUUUGCUGCUAUCUUUUUCGCCGUUUUCUUCUUCUACGUUUUCCGUCAGCCUUUCGUUGUGCCAGGAACACACGCAAUAAUCCCUUUACUAUCAAUUUACGCGGACGAUAACACGAGGAGGGAAUCGGUCUUGUUUUUCUUUCUGGGCGGGGAGGGAGAGUAUAUAAAUAUUUUGCUUUUGCUAAUAUAUAUCUAUAUAUAAAUGUUAAACACUAAUGUUUUAAUUCCAGUUGUAUGUCCUAUGUUGUCACCAGCAGGAAAUUUUGCAGGUUUGAAUUGUUUACUAAAAUAGAAUUCUCGAGAUUGUGGAUGGAAAAGAAGAAUUAAAAUGAAAUAAAAUGCGGAUCUAUCUUUUU